AUGCUUUCUUAUAUGAACUCUAUUCAUAAUUUUUUAACAACCACCUCAAUUCUACUCAUAUUCCUUGCAUUUACAUUUAAUGUUUCUGUAACGGCAUUGCGACAACUUGAACCUCCAAAUCCGGAUGAUAUUACAAAAGGUUUACCAACAAGGUCAAAUGUUGAACCGGAACCUACAAAAUCAAAAUUCAAAGGAAAAUCUAUUGGUGGAAUUGAAAUUCCUAAAGAAACUCAAAUUCAUCAUAUUAAAGUGGAAAAUUCUGGUAUCUAUAAUGGAAAUGAAAUUAAAUAUUCAUGGAUUAUUCUAAGUAUUGUUUGCGCUUCCUUAAUUGGAAGAAAGGAUAAUACUGAAGAAGAAAGUUGUUCACGAAUGGAAGAUGAG